GAAUUCUCAUCACCAAGGCAACACAUCAGUCGGAGUUAAAAUCUAACAAGAAGGCUUGUGGAAAAUAAAAAGAAAAUAUAUAAUUAGUAAAUAUUUUCUCUCAAAAUGAGAUUUAUACCUCUUCAUGCGACCAACACGGCCAUUGUGUAUAAAAAUUCCUUGUGUUCGAUGGCCUCGCUGUUGGUCCUGAUUUUUAUUGCCUUAUCUGUGAUGUUGCCGGUUCUGUUGGUCUCGCUGCUUAGUCCUUACUCUGGCAUCUCCGAGUCCCGUGUGUUGUACGAGCAGCCCAAUGUGAAAUUCGAUUACCAAUACAUAUUCGUGGCCAGCACAGAGUUAUCCACACUGGUGGCCUGCAGCAGCUUCAGUGAUUUUAAUGCACAGAUGGCUUCAUUCUCGAAUAGCUGUGCCAUCAGCAAAUACUGGACAGAUGAUGUUGAUCACGACACGAUUACAGAUCGGGCACAUUUCCAAUUAGAACUACAGGAUCUGGAAUCGCCGCUAGUGGAUUUCCAAUUACUUCUCUUCUUUGAGGCGCAGUUGCGGCACAAGUGUGAUCUCUCUCCGCCCGCCUUGUUGGCCCAUCAGGAACCAAUGCCUAAGCUACGAAAUGGUCGUAUACAUCUAAAAGGAGAACUACAAUUGAAACAAUAUGUGGAAUUCACUUGCCCAUUUCCAGGACGAAAUAUUAAAACACAUUUUCGUUCGGUUCAAUUUGGAAACUCAAAUACAUCGGACAUAUCCCAAUAUAAAAUGGAAUCCCUACUGGCUCAGGUUAAAGCCAAUCCAGCCUAUUUUCAAUUGGCCAUACAGGAAGCCUAUAAACGUAAUACCUCGCCACAAUUUGAACCAGGUCUGCAUAUAGAACUAGAAUUGAACAUACUUCAAGUGGCGGCACGUUAUCAUCUAAGCAUUUGGGAGCGUCUUGGACAAUUUUGGUUAUAUUUUGCAUCAUUCUUUGGUAUAUCGUUCUAUAUAAUGAAUAAGCUGAAAGAUUUUCUCUUCGGGCAUCAUAUUAUACGCUCCUGGGAGAUAAUACCAUGGAAGAAACUCUACUGACACGAAUCGGGCGCCAUUCUGGAAAUGGAUAACUUUUCGAUUGGCGAAUGAAUGAGUAAUCAAAUUACAAAUAAUAAAAAAUAAACUGCUAAUACAUUAAUAAAUGGAUUUCUAUGUGUUUUAAAUGGA